UUGCGCAGUUUUAUUGGUGUUUUUGUUGUUGCAGUACCAAAUGCUCCACCAGCUAAUGUCAUAGGAAAAAAUGUAACCUCUACCAAUAUUUUUGUACAGUGGGAUGAAGUUCCAGCAAACAAUCAAAAUGGUGUUAUAGUGAACUAUACAGUCACCUACACAGAGUUGCCUAUAGCUAAUGGUAGUUCAACAGCAGAGGUGGUGAUUGCUCCAAAACGAAAUGCUACAUUGACAGGUUUGAAAAAAUUUACCAACUACAGGGUCACAGUGUUUGCGUCUACUGCUAAAGGAGGUGGCAAUAGAAGUGAUCCCAUUAUUGUCAUUACAGACGAAGAUGGUAAGUACAAUUCUGGUCUUCAUUAAUUUGUACUGUAGCUUCCUUAUUUUACAUACUUAAUCGGCAUUAAAAGUUCUUUUAAAUUAUGAGGUGGAAACACUUUAUCUUGAAGUGGGUAACACUAGUCUCCUUAACUUGUACAAUGACAUGCAAAGUGACUAGUAGACCUGCAAUGCCAGUUUGGGAUGUUUGUCUUUUGUCUGUCCCAUUCAACUAGUUACGUUAGAAGAAACCUGUCCUCUAAAAUACUACUUACACAGUACUUACAUAGUUAAUUACUUGGUACACUAGCUAAAGACCUGAUCAUCUUUCAACUCCCACUUAUCUAUUACUAAGGGACUUUUAGUAAUAUGGAUCGAUUCUGCUUACCUUUUUUUGCGUUGCUAGGUUUUAAUAUUACUGGUCAUUCUAUAAUAAGCUGACAAUUGUCGAUUUUAGACCUGUCCCUAGUUGUUCAAAUGGUUGUUAACACUAUUCACCGGAUAAAUCUCUAUCCACUGGAUAGCGCAAUUGGUUUCGCCAACUGCACUUGUAACAUGUAUCCACUGAAUGCUUCAAUAAGGGAAGUAACGCUGACAGGACUCGAUAAAAAUACAGAAUAUAAAAUUAUGCUGUUUGCUAAUACCUCAAAAGGAGGUGGAAAUGAGAGCGAACCUGUCACUGUAAAAAUGGACGAAGUAUACCACUGCGCAGGUUACUAGCGCAGCUUUAGUUAUGGAAUGCAAUAUUACCCAAAUUUAAACUGACAUGGAGAGGAAAAAAUAUUCAUCUAUAUUUGAUGGUAAACUUCGUCUGGCGUUAAACAAUGGAGUCUUUCAUUGGAUUUACGAUCGUUUCGCCUCCGAAUAAAAAUAAAAAUAAUAAUAAUAAUUGUUUUAAAAUAAUUUUUCCUAGUGAAACACACACAUACACACACCUACAGAACAAAACUACAGCAUCACGUUUUGCUAGCGGCAAUAAAUAAUCAUUUGUCUAAAGAGUGUACUUUUAUUCUUACCACAGUUGCCCCUGAGUUAAUGGAAUAUCCAAAGAAUCAAUUGACGAUUGAAGGAUCUAAUGUGACCUUUUCGUGUAUUGCAGGUGGUGUUCCUUCGCCCAGGAUCUCAUGGACCAUAAAUGGGACCGCUAUAAAUGUGACUGCUAAUCCGAGAAUCUAUUUAACAGCAGACGGCCAGCAACUGAUCGUAACAAAUGUGAACAGGACGGACAGUGGAGAAUACAGAUGCGUGGCUAGCAACAAAGUUGGCAACGUGACGUCCAUGGCAGCUAAGUUAACUGUACAAUGUAAGGAUACUAAGAAAUGGUCCAUCUACUUAAACGCAACACAUUUAAAACAGAACUUCCGAUGAAAACAAUUACUCCGUAAGAAACACACACACCUAAAGAACAUAACUACAGCUGUACAGCAUGAUAUUUUACUAGCCCCUAAACAAUGAUUUGGCUAAAGAGUGUAAGUUUUUCUUAUCCGUAGAUGCUCCUGAGUUCUUGAAAAAUCCAAAGAGUCAAACGACGAAUGAAGGAUCUAAUGUGACAUUUUCGUGUAUUGCAAGUGGUGCUCCGGAGCCCAGUCUCUCAUGGACCAUAAAUGGAACUGCUAUAAAUCCGACCGCCAAUCCUAGAAUCGGUUCAACAGCAGACGGCCAACAACUGACCGUAACAAAUGUGAAGAGGACGGACAGUGGAGAAUACAGAUGCGUGGCUAGCAAUAACGUUACCACAGUGACGUGCAAUGCUGCUAAGCUAACAGUACAAUGUAAGAAAGGAUGCUAGAAUAUGGUCCGUCUACUCAAACGCAAAACAUUGAUGGAAAUGAGAAUUAAAACAAUAGCACAUUGUUAAACAACAAACACACCUUUAGAACAUAAGUAAAACAUCAAAGUUUACGAGCCAAUGAAUAAUCAUUUGGCUAAAGAGUGUACUUUUUUGCUUCUCACAGUUGCUCCGGAGUUCAUGACAACUCCAAAGAGUCAGACGACAAAUGAAGGAUCUAAUGUGACCUUUUCUUGUGUUGCAACGGGUGUUCCUGUGCCCAGUCUCUCAUGGACCAUAAAUGGAAUUGCAAAAAAUGUGACUGCCAAUCCUAGAAUCAGUUUAUCACCAGACAGCAAACAACUGACCUUAACAAAUGUGAACAGGAUCGACAGGGGAGAAUACAGAUGCGUAGCUAGCAACGAAGUUGACAACGUGACAUCCUUGGUAGCUACGUUAACAGUACACUGUAAGUAA